AUCCCCACCUACAAACAUGUGGAGCAGAACGGGGAGAAGUUCGUGGUGUACAACGUUUACAUGGCCGGGCGCCAGCUGUGCUCCAAGCGGUACUGGGAAAUCACCAUUCAGGAAUUUUUGGGAAUAUUUUGGGAAUUUUCAGGCUCAUUCCCRUUUUUUUCCCAGGUGUACAACGUUUACAUGGCYGGGCGCCAGCUGUGCUCCAAGCGGUACCGGGAAUUCGCCAUCCUGCACCAGAACCUGAAACGGGAAUUCGCCAACUUCACGUUCCCGCGGCUCCCGGGCAAGUGGCCGUUCUCGCUGUCGGAACAGCAGCUGGACGCCCGCAGGAGGGGCCUGGAGGAGUACCUGGAGAAGGUGUGCUCCAUCCGGGUCAUCGGCGAGAGCGACAUCAUGCAGGAAUUCCUGUCGGAGUCGGACGAGGUGGGUGACGCCGGCGCGCGGAAUUGUCCGGAAAAAACCCUUUAAUGGAAUCGCCAAGGUUGG